UUUACGUUGAAGAGUUGACUCGACAUGGAGAAGGAGCAUGUCCCGGCGUUCGACUUCACCGACGACGACGACAGCAUUCAGCCAUUGCCCAAGAGACCAAACCCACAUGAUGGCGGCGUACUGCCGUCUCCCAUGGCGCUCAUUCCCAUCAGUGUCAAUCCAGACGUGACCAAGGAAGUUGAGUGCCAAUCGCCGCCGACCCAAGACACGUACUAUGACGACGACCACGACGAAGAACUGUCUCAAAUGCGACGCUAUUACGAAGACGACAAGAAUGGGUCCAUGCGACUCAAACUGCACGCGUCGACGAAGGAAUGCAUGACGCAUUAUGACUUGACAUCGUUGGAUGAGGAGGACCUCGUCAACAUCGAACUGGGGCCGCAGGAUCGAUCGAUUCGUUUCGGUCGCGAGGAUUUCGUAGGAUGCCUUCAGAGCACCGCGAUCACGUCGCUCGGGCUCCAUUGCUUGAGUGCCCAUCAUUGCACGGUUGAAUGGAGCGAAGUCGACGACGCGUCGCUGUAUGUGACCGACCUGAGCAGCACCAACGGCACGAUUGUCAACUCGACGCCCUUAGUCGCGAAUGUGCCCACUCGCGUCGGGCACGGCGAUAUCAUUCGCCUCGCAUACGUCAAGGAUCGACCUCGUCGAAGUUGCAGGAUUCAAUACGAAGUUGAAGACCCCCGCGUGAGUCGCAUGGACACGCCGUUCAAGUCCCCCGCCAUGGCGCUUGGUCACAACGUUCUGGGCAUUCUCUUUGCCGGGCCAUUGUGCUACCGCGAUGGCCCAAAGUUACGCUCCCACGACAUGCUAAACUUUCAAAAAGAAUACGACUGUCUGAAACAGUCCCUUUUCGCCGCGGCCAACAUGACGUGGAAAGACCACGUCAAUGAUGCGGGGAUGGCCAUGGUGCACGCGGCGCCGCCUAUCGAUGUGUCUGUGAGCUUUGCCACGAUGGACGCACUGCGCACGAUGGUCUCGUCCAAGUGCCGCGUGCUACAUUACUCUGGCCAUGGAGCCACCAAUUGCCUGUACUUUGAGAGCGACGAGCAGCAAGGCAUGGCGGACCUGAUUCCCGUCGACACAUUGCUGCAGAUCGUCCGCACGCAUGUCCAGCUCCAUCUGCGGCUCGUAGUCGUCAACUCUUGCAAUUCCGAACACAUUGCCAACGCGUUUGUCGAGUGUGGAGUCCCGCACGUGAUUGCUAUUCGCGGCGAUUCGACGGUGGAAGACUGCGAAGCCGUGCACUUUACCCAGGCGUUCUACUUGAAUUUAGCCACGGGGCAGCUCUCGGUCGAAUCGUGUUUCGAACAAGCACUCAUGACCGUGUCGUGGUCCCCGCAUCGCGUUGCCUCGACGGGCGUGGAGAAGUUUACGCUGUUGCCGACGCACCAACCGCACAACGAAGUCGUGUUUCCCCAUAUGGUCGUGCCACGCUCGUUGCACACGCCAUUUGAAGCGCGGUUUCCAAAGAUAUGGAACGUCUCGCUCCCCACGUUAUGUCCGACGUUUCGAUUUCGAUCGAUUGAACAACUUCGCUUGUGUGGAUACUUGACCGAAGAAAGCCAUUUGAAAUACAAGCGAUGGGUAUGGGUGACAGGGCCGUCCGGUGUUGGUAAGAAGAAUAAUAUUGUCCUUUGACCCAAAAUUUGGAUUUGUGUGUGCUGCUUUGCCAAAUCUAUCAAUCGAUUAGUGUUUGUACUUCCUCUUGUAUGUAAAAAGUGACCAGUUUCACACUAAUAUAAGUCACACACACUAAUUCGAUGUUGAGUGGUCGAAGAGGAGUAUUUGAUUGGCCACUUGCUUCGUGUUGUGGGUUUUGAUGGUCGAUACCGAUUUGGUGCUGCGCCUUCACCAACCCCAUCAUUCCAAUGUUUUGAAUCGACUUCUAUUAAUAUGCGACACUAAAUUGACUGGGCGUGUGUCCACACAUAAUAAAGGGAAAACCCAGUUGGCCCACGCGGUGGCCACCUAUUUGAGUCCGCGGAUGGCGUUCUUGGGUGGGGUGUACCAUGUCAACGUUGCCGAAUUGUGCGAAAAUGAUGCGGCUGUCGUGUUGAGCCCAGACAAGUUGCACCAUCCCCACGAAAGGAUUUACGAUAAACUCGAGUGCAUGCUCGACGAAUUCCGAGCGUGUGCGGGUCGACGUAUGCGACGAAUGCACAAAUUGACACGGCAUAUUCACGGCGCCCCCAUGCUCGUGGUCCUGGACGGCUGCGAUACUGUACUGCUUGGCGAUGCGCAGAUGUUCACGACAUUUGUUAACUCGCAGCUCGCCGACAACAUUGGCCUCAAGGUGCUCACGACGUCCGUGUACUUCUGCCAGACAGACCGCGUGCACGACCACGGCCUGUAUGUGUUUAAGACGCCCCCCAUGACAAGGAAGGCGUCGGCCAAGCUGCUCGUGGACAUGGUAUUUCCUCGCAAACUGCCGUUGCAGGGCAUGACUCGGUCGCCGCUGUAUGCCGUCCACAUGGCCGACACCAUGGACAACGUAUAUGCCGUUUUGGCCGCGCAUCCAGUGAUUCAAUCGCUACGGGGCAUCCCGCGUGCGAUUUGUCGAUGUGCCAACAUAUUAUUGGCCCAAGACUCUCCAUUGUCAGUCGACGCGCUGCUACAUUUAGGUGAAAUGCACACUCCUACCAACUAAGUGCUAUUGCAAUCGUGCAGAGACUACUACUCCAGAGACUACUACUCCCGACGCAUGUUCGUAUGGCGUUCGCGGUCGAUCAGAGGACGACAGCGGCGGUAUGGCAAACCCGUUGUACUGUGCAGUCGUCGGGGGGGGUCUAGAAGUGGUCGGCAGCGGACUGGCAACAUGUGGCGAUACGUCGAGCGUUAGCGGGGGGCGGAUGAUUUUGAUGCGGGGGGACCCGCCCAGGGACAACGGCCGCGUGGCCGAGUACCGCGGGGAACACGGCUGCGAUGGCAGGAUCAUCAGGGGUAAAUGUGUCGGCUUGGGGACGACACACUUGGGCGUUUCGGAUCGAAUCGACGUCGUUGGGCGUGAUGUUGUUGGGGGGGCGGCGACGUCCAUGGCUAAGGGUGGCAGAUGGUCAAAGAGUGAUAUGUCGGUGGCCUGGGGCUGCAGGCGCCCCGUCGGAGCUGGUAAGAGCAAUGAAGAGUGUGAUUUGAGCCUGGAUUGCACGAGCGCCACGACUUUGGACAUUUGGCGGUCGUCUGCGUGUAGUUGCCGCGUGUGUUGAAAUAAGUGCACUUGCGACUGUCCGGGGGACUGCAUGUCGCUGCGAAAGUGCUGAAACGACGACACGAGCGAGUGGUGCUUGGUGUAUGCAAACAUGCGGCCAUCGAUUCCAGCAGCAGCAGCCGACGACGACAAUGACCGAUUCAUGGCCAUGGCGAGGCGCUGGAUGCAUCGGAGGAACUCGUGAAAGUUGAGAUCCAAGGAUUCGCGGCUUUCGGAUUUGGAAAACCCAACGUCCAGCUUGGCGGCGUUGUAUUCUUGCACGAUUUCCUACAUGAAUUAUAUCGUUCAUUUCGUAGGUUAGAGUAGACACGUAGGUAGGUAGGUAUAUAUAUAUGGUGGAAUUUGAUGAAUAUGAGAAAUGCUCAUAUGUUAUACAUUCAACGAAUAUGGCGACUAUGAAGUGAAAUG